AUGAAUUAAACUAGCUAUCGUAAACUAUGUGAUAUUUGUCAGUAUUCUCAAGAACAUACUUAUUAAAAUCCUAUUUGCAAACAUAGUUACUGUUUUACUUGUGUUCAAAAAUAAACCAAUCUAAAAGCUUGCUUUAUUUAAAAAUGCAAUGCUUAAAUCUACAAGAAUGAAAUUACAUCAUUUUUUGAGGGAGGUAUGACAACUCUCCUAUGAAAAGAUUAUAAACCAAAACAGGAAGACUAAAAAUCAAACAUAUAAAAUAAUUCAAAUUUUAAUUUAUAAUCAAGCUCUAGAACAUCAAAUAUUUAUAAAUCUAAACAAUAUGUUACUACUAAUGAAUCCACCUAUGAUUUUAAAUAAUAAUAAACUAAGAAUAUGAGAAUUGAACUCACUGAUACUCAAAAUUAUUGUGCUGUUUGUCUAUUUCACAUUAGGGAUGACUUUUUAUAAGCAUAAAUUCAAGUCAAUAAAAAUUAUCCAAUUUUAGAUUGUUAAUACCAUACAAUAUGUGUUUAUUGUUUUAGCAAAUUUCGUGCUUCUCAAAAAAGCAAACAAUAUUAUUGUGAAAUAUGCUCAAGACUUAAUAAAUGA